CCCGCUGAGGAAGGCCGGGCUCCCGGACGCCGAGGCCGCGCCAGAUUUCCUAGUACAAUGGCAGCCAGAGAGAGGAUGAAGAAAAGAGCAGUUUUUGAUGCUUCUCCAGAUAACCUGCCUUGGAGGAGCUCUGGGAGGCAGGCGAAGAAGAAAGCAGCAGAGGCCACAGAUGAGGAGGAAGCGGGUGCAUCAGAGAAGUACAGGAAAUGUGAAAAGGCAGGCUGUACAGCCGUGUGUCCUGUGUGCUUUGCCAGUGCUUUUGAGAGGUCUGUUGGAUGUGCUAAAAAUGGCUACACGUCCCGAUGGUAUCACCUUUCCUGUGGAGAACAUUUUUGUAAUGAAUACUUUGACCAUUAUUAUAGAAGCUCCGCACAUGAACCGGUACUUCCAGCCUUUCUACCAGCCCAGUGAAUGCGGCAAAGCCCUGCGCAUGAGGCCUGAUGUGAUGGAGCUGCAUGAGCUCUACGAGUUUCCAGAGUAUUCCCGAGAUCCCACCAUGUACCUGGCGUUAAGAACCCUUGUUCUUGCCCCGUGGUACACGAACUGCAAAGAAGCACUCACUCCUCAGAAGUGUGUCCCUCACAUCAUUGUCCAGGGUCUUGUGCGCAUCCGCUGUGUCCAGGAGGUGGAGAGGAUUCUGUUCUUCAUGACCAGGAAAGGCCUUAUCAACACAGGAGUUCUCACCGUGGGCGCGGGCCAGUAUCUUCUUCUGAAAGACUACCACAGUGUGACUGUACUGGAAGCCAAAGACAGAAUUGGAGGCCGGGUAUGGGAUGACAAAUCUUAUAAAGGUGUCACGGUGGGAAGAGAACCUCAGAUUGUCAAUGGAUGUAUUAAUAACCCAAUCGCGCUGAUGUGUGAACAAGUACUUCAGAAGAUUUAUGAGAAGAUACUUUGCAAAAGGAAAGCACUUUGGAAGGAAAAUACCAAGCAAUGGAGAGAGCAGCGCCAUUUGAACUUGUCAGAGAUAAAGGGAGCCAUUGUGAGGGAUGGACACCAGGCCUAUAGAAACCGCUGACCAAACUGAACUGUGUCCAGUGCAGAGGAGUCGGUGGUAGGAGCGCACCUGGACUUGGAGGUUGGAGAGGAGGUAGAAUUGAGAGUCAAAGACAGCGUUGCCUGUCUGUGACCUGUUGGAUUGACAUGAUGGAGGAGGAGGAGGAGAGGGAGCAACCGUGCGGGCGCAGCAGCCCGUGUGGCAGGGAGCUCGCACUGCUGCAGGACAUCGUGAAGACCCUGGGACAAGGGACAUUUUCCAAGAGAGAGGUUGUUCGGCAGCACCACAGGAACGGGCUGGAGUGCCUGAGGAUCUCCCAGGUGGUUCACAUCACCCACACCUGGGUCGUUCGUGACACUGUCGUGAUAAGAACACUGCACCACCAGCACAUCACUCAGAUGUUCCGUAUGCUCCAGAGCUCCGAGCCCGUGGGCGCCGUCACGGAACAUGCCAUGGCCGGAUUUCAUGGGACAAUUAAGACACAACUAGGCAGGGCGAGGGAGGCCCAGGCCCUGUGGCCUAUUCACUACCACCAAUGGCCAGACGUAGCCCGCCAUGGUUUAAGGCCAGAAAAUGUGGUGGUAAGUGUCAAAUGGCAGCUACAAUUAGGUCCCUUUGGACAGACACUACGUGUCACCAUCACAAAGCGCCGUAGGCCCUUUGGUGACAGUGGGGAUGAGGGAUGUCAGGCGGAGCCAGACCUUCCCGCCAUCGGCCCAUCGGAUGUUUCUUCAUCCCUGUCAUCACUGAAAAGGAGCCACACCUUUUCAGACUUUUCCACCGUGGGCAAGCCUGCAACUCGACACCAAAGGGCGAGGAAGAAGCGAAGGAAGGUGCGGCGCCGAGUCCGGAGCAGACCUGUUGCCCGCCUCAGUCCUAUUCCCGAAGAGAGCGAGGAGUCCUCCAGAGAGGAUCUUGAGAGAUGCCCAUGCCCUGGGGAUCCACCACCCCAGGCCCCCCAGGGUGAGACCACCACCUCGCCACACAGCCUACAGCUCAGAAGCUGGGGAGGAAUCCUGAGAAGUAUUGGAAAACAGUUAAGAAAGUUAUGUUGCUACUGUUGCCAGCCCGAGGAAGUAGCCCCACGCCCUGUGUGGAACAUGUGAGAACUGGUCAAGAUGUCUGCAGGGUUUUCCGGCUCUGCCAGGCACAGGCUGAAGCCUUCGGGAGAGGGGUCUUUGCUCUGAGGCAUGGCCAAGGAACCCCCAGAGACACAGGAGGCCAUGCCCUCUUCAAGGCCAGCACACCAGAAAAUAUCUGGACACAAAAAUCCUGUUAAAUUAUGAGGGAAUGUUUUUCAUUUUCUUGUCAUGUUAGUUUUUUUUAUUAGUUUAUUAGUUUACAGUAAAAGCUAAUCUUUAAUAAGUUUUUGUUCUCAAAUCCCAUUAAAAUAUAGUUCUUGAAUGUUUCUAAAUUUCAUAGUGAUAUUUUUAUAUUUUAAGUUAUAAGCAUUGCAUUUUUCUUUUCUUUAAUUACAGAAGAAAUAUACAAUUAUAUAAAAAUUCUCCCCCAUCUGGUUAGAAGGCACACAGGAAUUUAAUGUUUUGCCCCUAUCAUACAUUCCUCUUUAGAGGAUUACUUUAACAGUUUAGUAUGUGAUUUCAUCUAAAAAGUGACAUUUUGAACAAAGUUUUAUAUGGUGCAUGAGGAAAAAUUAAAUAUGCAUUUAUUACA